GCUUUGGCCCAUGAAGCAGAUCUGUCCCAGUUACGAGAAGCACAACAGAAAGUGCGCGAAUCUGCCGACUUGGAACUGAACAAGCUGGUACGCGAGUCAGCCGAUUUACGAGCGACCCACGAGGCCACUAGUGAACGGCUACGCCUAGCUCAAAGGUUGAUUAACAAACUGAAAGCUGCACGUGACACUGCGUUGUCUGGACUGGCUCGUGCGCAAGUUGAACUGCAAGAGACACGUGCAGCACAAGAAGAAGCGAAUAAACGUCGAGAUGCCGAAGUAAAAUCAAUGAAUCAGGAAUUGCGAGUUGCUCAGGAAAAGUUGCGGACACUGGACACUGAAUUGCACCAGGCACGUGAAGAUGCGUCUCACCAAUUGCUUCGUACAAACGAAGCACACGAACGAGCUAUUGAACGACUAAAUCAACAUUUGAAUCAGGAAGCACAGAAAGCACGCAGCAUUGAACAAAUGCAAUUGUGGAUCGGGGUAUUGCGCGGACAACUGUCCGAAUCCGAACAAGCUCGGGAUGCGGCCCGUGAACGUUUGACCCAAUAUGAACAAAGUGUUCAGCAAUUCCAAGAAGUAUUGGGUGAACGUGAUCGACAAGUGAAACAGUUGGAAUCUCAAUUGGCGGAGCGCUCUCGUAUGCUGGAGUCUCGUGCGCAAGAAAUAGACUCUCUCAAGCAAGCAUUAGACGAACGUUUGCUUGUUGUUCGCAAAGAUGCAGACCGAGCCAGAGCGGAGCGAUCCGAAGUUCUCAUGGAGAAACAAGCCUUGGAACGCAGACUGCGCGAAGCGGAACAACAACUGACCGGUUACGACCAGGAACGAAAUCAGUUUAUUGAACGAAUGAUGGAAAUGGAUAAAGAGUUGCAAGCUCUUCGACAGGAUCGGGCAAAUGAGACCAAGUCAAGAAACGAUGCUCUCGAACAACUGCGGGACGAAUUGAAUGCGCAAAUGAAAGAGAUGCAAACACAGCGUGAUCGAACCGCCGAAUGUUUGCGCGAAGCUAAUUCUUUCCUUGUAGAACAAACCGCCAAUAAACAGAUGCUGCUCGAUCAGUUAAAAACGUCACAGGAUCAAUACUCCCAGACCACAAGCAAAUUACGUGUUGAGCUCGAUCAAGGUCAGCGUGAGAAAAUCGCUCUUCAGCGUCAGAUUGAAGAUCUUACAACUCGGUUAGCCCGAGCGGAGACUAUGGUUCGUGAUGCGGAUGCCCGAUGUGCAAAAGCAGAACAAGCACAUCGUCGCACAACACGUGAGGUUGAGAAACUGGCUCUCGAAUCUGCUUCGAAACGAGCUGUGACCCAAGCAACCGCUUGUCUGUUCCACUCAGAAUCACCGAAACCCGCUGACACUCGUUCUUCACAAUUGCCCAGGUCUGUCAUAGACCCUUCGCGUCUGGAUUGUCCAGAUUUGGUCGGUUUGUCUACUGCGUGUCGACAGUCGGAGCGCCUCUCGCCAACCCUAUGUUCCCCCUGCUGGAGCGGAUCUACAGCCGAUCUGGAAUGGAUGGUUUCGCCUCACGAGGAAGCGGACCGGCGUAAAGUCAAGUUCCAUGCUUCGCCUCGACUUAAUGCCACCGAAAAUACACGACCCAUCGUACCGGACUCAUCCAAUGCUGGUAAGCUCAUUCCUUAA